AUGGAGCAUCAACACCAAGGAUUCCGAAAUGGAUCCAAAGGAAGAGAUGAACCUAAACGGAAGCACCCCAGGUUAACAACACUGCUGUUUGGAAAAGAAGAAAUUGUUAAUAGUUCAAACAAUUAUUCUCAUCUGAGCAAACUAUUGGCCAGCAAACCAAAAUAUGUCCUACAGACCACUACUGAACAGUGUAGCCAACAAGCGACACUUAACCACCAAGAUAGUCAGGUUGUACAAUGGUCACAAACCAAUCACCAGGAAAGCAGCCAAUCAACAGCACUGUUAAAAACCAAUCACCAACAAAGCAGCCAAUCACUGGCAGUGUUACAAACCAAUCACCAGCAAAGCAGCCAAUCACCAGCACUGUUACAAACCAAUCACCAGCAAAGCAGCCAAUCAGCAACCCAAUCAAAUAGAACUGGCCAACCAAGCAGUCAUUUCAGUUCUUCAUUUCAACAAAGCAGCCAGUCAUUGAACACAUCGCCAGUCACUAUCAAACACCAUAAUCAAUCAUUGAUUGGAUUUGAAUUGACUGAGAGGCAAUAUGGAGAACAGUCUUCAGCAUUAAGAACCAAAAACAUUCAAAAUAGUCAAUCACAAGAUGCAUUAGAAACCACAGAUGCUCAAAGUAAACCCUUGGUGUCAACACUUGAAAAUGGAAUGCACACAAAGACUGAUAUGGAUACAUGUGAUAUGUACAUCAAAACUGAGAAUGAAGAUGAUUACCAGGAGUGCUAUGACAAACCGUGUCUAUCUGAGAAACAAAAUAGUGUUCAUGGAGACAAAUCUUCAACAGUGUCACGUCCACAGAAAAAUUCCUCAAUUCUCUCACUUCUGAAAUCAGGCCCAGCUUAUAGAAAUUCAUUUAAUAAUAUAGAUACUAUCAGUCAUCAAAAUAAUCAUGUUCCUGUAAUUUUAGACACUGUAAGUAAACAAGACCACACCAGACCUGUUCCUGUGGAAUUAUCUGGUUACCAGGACAAUAUUUACCACCCUGUUACUAUGGAAACAAGAGAAAGAGGACAUCGAAGUAGAGCAUAUACUUUGGAUACUGUGGAUAGUAAAGAUGAUGCUGAAUAUCUGCCAUCAGUUCCUCAUCGGACUCGAGCAAACACCAGCUCAUCAGUCAGUGUUCUUCAGAAAUCACAUAAAAGGUUAUCAGAUUUAUUGUCAGGACCUUCGUCAUCUUCACUUUCAUCAACCAUCUCUUCUGCUCCUGUAAAGACAAAUGAUACACAGAACUCUUCUGACCCAAAUACUGUAGCUCUGAUGAUUAAAAACAAUAAGCAUAAUAGUGUCCUCCUCCAGCAACUUCUUACUAUAGGUCCCAGUGGGUAUGUCAGGCAAAGCCAGGCAUCUGAUACAGAAACCAAAGACACAAAAUCGGGAAAUACUACAAAUUUAACAGAAAAAUCAACACAUAAUAACACUUCUAGUGCACUUUUAAAACUUCUACAUAGACGGAAACAAAAUGAAGUUGUUGAAAAAGUAGACAAUAGGUCAAAUUUAAAGUCAGAUUUUCAAGAAUGUUUGAAAUUUAGUGGUCCUCAUCCAAAUACUGAACGUAAAACAACAGGAAAACUUGAUGCAACUAUUGAGAAGCUUUCUUCCAUGUUGGUGGAUAAAGUUAUACAAGGAAGUAAACUAUCUGAAACAGAGUUACCUCCUCAUAUGACUCCAUCACCAAGUACAGAGAACCGUUAUCAGGAGUUGACGAAAGAGAAGCACCAAGAGAGACCAUCUUUACUUAAAGCUCUUGUGAAAGAAAAAAUUCACAAGGAACAGGAAAAAGUGGAACGUGAGGCCUUCCUGCUAGAAACAUUGAAGAGGAGUCUGGCGGAGCCCCGAGAUGAACUGGUAGCACAGUUACCUCUUCCUGGAAAAGAUUUCCUUAAUUUUUACAAAUGUGAUUAUUGUGGAAAAGCCUUUCCACAUAAAGGAACUUUAAAAGUGCAUAUGAGAACACACAGCAUGGAGAAACAAGAAUUUAAGUGUGAUAUUUGUGGAAAGGUCUGUUCAGCGAAAGGAUAUCUGUUGAUACACAUGCGAACACAUCGCCAAGAAUACGGCAAUAAUCACUGUGAGGAGGCUCUUCCAACACAACAGGAAAAUCCUUUGGUUAGUCAGAAGUCACAGGAGGAUCUAAACAGAUGUUAUGUAUGUGGGAAAAGUUUCAGUGAGAGCGAAAACUUACGGAUCCAUCUUCGGAUGCACAGCGGAGAAAAACUUUACAAAUGCGAAACUUGUGGUAAUGGAUUUACACGAAAAACACAACUAGCAAUCCACAUGCGAAUUCACACAGGAGAGAAACCUUAUGAAUGUGAAGUCUGCGGGAAAACGUUUCGCCAAAGUAACGGCCUGAAUCUACAUAUGAUAACACACAGUGAAAUAAAGCCCUAUAAUUGUAAGAAUUGUGGGGCUGGUUUUGGAAGAAAAUCUCAUUAUGAAAAACACAUGCGGUGGCAUCGAGGAGAGCGGCCAUUCCAUUGUAGCGUUUGUGGGAAGGCAUUCACUGACAAAUUUAACUUAUCCACACAUUUUAAAAUCCACAACCAGAAGAAAGAUCAUGUUUGUGAUCUGUGUGGAAAAGGGUAUAAUCAGGCGACACAUCUAAAGAACCACAUGCAAUUUCACACUGGAGAAAGAGGGUAUCAGUGCAGUGAUUGUGACUCAGUGUUUGAACACAAGAGAACCCUACAGAACCACAUCAAGUGUACCCAUUUUGACACAUACGAGAGAUCUUUAACUUCAAAGACUUCAUUGAGAAAGUUCCAAAAAUUACGAGAAGAUGGUAGGGUAGGUGAAACAGACCAGGAACAGUCCAGUGAAACUAGUAGUGACUUUGGCGAUUCUAAUGAUAAUGACGACAACGAUGAGUCUGUUAUAUCUGAUGGGGAUGAUAUGUAUAGUGGAGAAGAGAAAUUUGUGAUUAAGAAUGAACCUGGGGACUGGUAUCCUGAAGAGAUGGCACAGUCUGAUGAAAAGUUAGAGUCGUCUUAUGAAGGGGCAGGUCAGUCUGAUGAAGGGAUGGGACAGUUUGCUGAUGAUAAUGAAAGUAACAAGAACUUGGGAAAUGGCAGUCGGGUAAAACCACCAGGCAAUACUGUGAAUGGCCAGUGGAAAAAUCUUAAUGAAAGUGACAUCAAGAAGGAGGCAUUGGAUUUAAAUAUGGGGGAAACAGGAUCUGAUUUCAAUCAUUUAGACAAAGGUCAAGGUCACCCAUAUCAUUCUGAUUUGAGUCAUCCAGAGAAAGGUGAAGGUCAUCCAUAUCAAUACCAAAGGGAGACAGAAUCUGAUUUAAAUGAUCUAGAUGUAGACAAGGGUCAUCCAUAUCCUACAAAUUCUGACAACAGUGACACUAUAGGCAAUAGACAUGAAGAUUCUAAUGAAAUCAGUGGUCAGAGUUCAGAGUUCAAACAACAAAUUAUAUCAGCACACCAUCAAGCAUCAUAUCUUGAUACGGAAGUUUCUACAACACUAACUGGCAGAACUUUCGUGAAAACUGAACUUAAUGGCUGUAGUGAAAGAGCCCAGGAUCUGGAAAAAAUGGGUGAUUGUUCAAACAGUGAUGAACCCCAUUCUGACAAUGAUCGUGAUUCUUUCCAAAGAUCAGAGUCUGUCCCGCUGAACCAUGGGAAUAUCCCCUCAAAUAAAGCAUACAUUCAAGUUGAACUAAAUCUAUCUGACACAGGAACUGGUCGCAAUAAGCGACGAGAAUUCAACGGCAUUUGUAACAAUGGUAGUAGUGGCUCUGAGGGAAAUGACAGAUUUUACAAUGGAGAGAAAUCCUCGUCUCAAAAUAGUGCAAUAUCGCCAAUCAAAAAACGGAGACUUUACCCUGAAAUAAUGCAGCUGUUAAAGACAGGAAGUGAUGUGACAUCCAAGGGAUAUAACUCACUUAACCUGCAAUGAUUAACAAAUAACAGGUGAUGAUUGAAGAGGAAAUGGGACAGCAAUCAAGUUAAUGUCAGGCCAGAUUGAACUUCUCUAGUGAUCAACAGAGCAUGCCUUGUCUACACGAGAGACAUGUAUAAUCUUUCCUGUGAAGAUGAAUUUAACAAGAUGAGAAACAUGCAAAAUAUUUGAAGUGAACACCUCCUGCGCCUUUUUCUUUAACAUUUCACCUCUGCUUUAAAUUUACUUCUUGACAUUUUAUUUAUUAUGACAAUGCUUUAGCAUUUAUUUAUUUAAGUCUCUGAAAAAUUAAUAUAAAAUUCAUGUAAUUGGAAAAAAGCAGAUGUACAUAGAUUG